AUGGCGAGUGGAAUGGGAAUGAAACUCGAGAAAUCUGAGCCUAUUCAAGCGGGAUUGAAGCCGGAACCUCCAAGUAAAUUGGCUGAGCAUGAUGUGGGUUUUGGAAAAGAUGGGAAACCAUCUGAUUCCCCUGCCUCCGUUCUCAAUGCAGCAACUAUUACUUCUGGGACAAAGGGUGAAAACGGCCAUGAUUCCAAUGGGAAGCUUGAUGUCUACAAUCCACCAACAAAUGGCUAUGGUUAUUACUACCCAGGAUAUGGAGGACCCUAUGGGCAAUUGGAUGAUCAAGGAUUUUUCCAGACUGAUGGUUCCAUUGCAGGCAUGCAGUCAGAUAAUGGUUCUCUUGUCUACUUCUAUCCUGGCUAUGAUCCCUAUUCUACUGGGGCAGUUUUGGGCGUCGAUGGGCAAACUGUUGGUCAGCAACCCUAUUAUUCAUCAACUGGAUAUCUACAAAACCCAAUGUCAUAUGGAUCUGAAGCGUUGUCUUAUUAUCCUUGGGAUUCAACUUACAUGGGAAAUAUGCCAAAUGGUAAUGCUGCCUACGGUAAUGGAAAGUAUGGUCCUGGAUCUAAUGGUCUGAGUAAGUCCAACGGCUUGAGCACCACUCAACCAAAUGGAAACCUUGGAGGCAAGUUUCCUAAGGGUACAAAUACACAACCAACCAGACCACUAAACAAGGUUCCUCCUCUGGGUUCUGAAUUUUCAGCUGGCUAUUUUAAAGGGUAUCAACCUAUGGGGAAGUUUUCCCCAUUUAAUGGCCAAAAGCAAGUUCCUUUCUCUCCAAACGGUUUCGUGAACUACAGACAAAAUGGAAGGAUGUGGAAUGGUAACUAUAGAAACAAGCCCAGAGACAGAACAUCGAAAAAUGGUGAUUUUGAGAAUGCUACUGAACUAGCUUGUGGUCCUAGGGCGUCCAACAGAAGUAACCCACUGGAUCCUUCUGCGAAGAAAGAAGACCUGGAAGUAACAGCAUGUGGCGACCAGUACAACCUUCCGGAUUUUGAAAUUGACUAUGCACAUGCCAAGUUCUAUGUCAUCAAAUCAUACAAUGAAGAUGACAUCCACAAAAGCAUCAAGUACAAUGUGUGGGCUAGUACACCGAAUGGAAACAGAAAGCUUGAUGAGGCAUUCCGCACUGCACAAGAAAAAUCCAGCCAGCCUGGUGGUACAAAUUGCCCAAUAUUUCUCUUCUUCUCGGUAAAUGGGAGUGGUCAGUUUGUUGGGUUAGCUGAAAUGAUUGGACAAGUCGACUUCAACAAGGACAUGGACUUUUGGCAGCUCAACAAGUGGAAUGGCUUCUUUCCUGUCAAGUGGCAUGUAGUUAAAGACAUUCCUAACAAUCAGUUGAGACACAUCAUACUCGAGAACAACGAACACCGACCUGUAACUUUUAGCAGGGACACCCAGGAGAUUUUGAUGAAGCAAGGUUUAGAAAUGUUGAGUAUUUUCAAGACCUACUCGCCUAAGUCAUCGUUGUUAGAUGACUUCACCUUCUAUGAGACGAGGGAGAAGUCUGGCAAUGCAAAGAAGAACGUUAAGCCUACUACUGGGGAAGCAGAAACACUCGAGAAUGGUGAUAUCACAAAGGAUGCCAAAACUGGAGAAGAGAGAUCCGAAGAUGAUGUUAAGACUGGGAAGGGCGCUAACAGCCCCUCAAGUCUUGCUGAUCUAACUAAGAACCUCUCCCUAAAUGGCUGCAAUCUAAAGGAGAAUUCUGUGAUGAAGCCUAUCGAGAACGGGCUCCCAACUGCUGUCGUUGUUGCUGCUGCUGCACCAUAG